AUGGCGUGAUAUUGCAUCCAAGUUUGCGAUGAUGGCUCGAAACUCUAGAGGCGGAGAAACUGUUUCCAUAACAGAGAAGAAUAAAGAAUUCACAAGUAAUCGGAUUAAGAUGCCCGUGUUAAAUGAGGGUUUCUUUUAGAUAAAAAGCAUUUGUUCGCAGAGUAGCAAUACUAUCAGAACAAACUCACUCAUCAGUGGAGUGUCUCAAAAUGACCGCUGAUUACAACGGCUACUGGAAAAUGAUCUCCAACGAGAACUUUGAAGAGUACCUGAAAGCUCUGGAUGUAAAUGUGGCUAUUAGAAAGAUUGCCACCCUGCUGAAGCCAGAUAAAGACAUCACUCAGAAUGGCGAUCACUUCAUCAUAAAGACUCUCAGCACCUUCAGGAACUACAACAUGGACUUUGUGGUUGGUGAAGAGUUUGAGGAAGAUCUGAGUGGAGUGGAUGACAGGAAAUGUAUGACCACUAUCACCUGGGAUGGAGAUAAACUGGUAUGUGUGCAGAAAGGAGAGAUUGAGGGGAGGGGCUGGACCCACUGGAUUGAGAGAGAUGAACUUCAUCUGGAGCUGAGAGCCGCUGGGAUUGUGAGUAAACAGGUCUUCAAAAAGUCUACCGACUAAACACCUGCAAGAGAUCCAGGAAAAUCCAACACUUUAAAGUACAUAAACUCAAACCACAUCUUCCUACACCUAUCCGUCUGUGUGCACCUUCAUCUCUGCUAUUGUGAAAAGCAGACAAACACCAUCUGUGAUAGUCUGUCACAAUCUAUAAAUGCUUGUUUGUUCCGAUCCUCACAGAGGAACGUCUCAAGCGACUUUCCUUCAUAGGUGCGAUGUUUGUCAUUUAGAUGUUAUUUACAUUAGUAGUAGAGAACACUGGGAUAAGCUGCUCUGUAAGUGAACCAUCAAACAACAGGUGCGUCAGGAUAUUGUCUUGGACACAACGAGAAGAUUCCUCGGAUUGGGAGCUUCUGUGUACACAAAAGUAAUUAGGCUCCAGAGAGGAUGUGCAGAAGGAAAAAUGAUGUGACGAGUCUGAGUGCCGCCCAGCUGCUGUCGCUCUGAUUGAAGAGCCUGUCAGUCUCUUGGGUUCUGAGCAUGGCAGGGUUUUGCUUUCCUUCCCAUCAUGCCUCUGUGACUGUGCACACAAAAGAAUACAUAAAUCAGUGAAAUAAAGAGAAACGCAUUGCGUUCUGCUGUU